GACGGGAGGUAGGAAGAUCAGUGAGGAGCCUGAUCACUAGUCAAGGAUUUUAUAAAAUAUUUAAUCAUUCAUGAGUUGAGCUUCCUUCUUGAGUCAUGGAUGACAAGGCGUCUGUUGGAAAAAUCAGUGUCUCCUCAGACUCGGUAUCCACUCUUAACAGUGAAGAUUUUGUCUUGGUUUCCAGGCAAGGGGAUGAAACUCCAUCUACCAAUAACGGUAGUGAUGAUGAGAAACCAGGAUUGAAGAUUGUUGGGAAUGGAAGUGAGCAGCAGCUGCAGAAGGAGUUGGAGGACGUGCUGAUGGAUCCACCAGUGGAAGACCAGCCUAGCCUCGGAGAACAUGAAGAAGGAACGCAGCUGGAUGGAGAGGGCGACGGGCCCCUUCCCGGCGACCUGUCCACGUCAUCCACCAUUAACCCGGUGUCAGUGGCGGGUCCUCAGAAACCAGAGAUGAGCCUGCCGGUGAAUCCAGGACAAGGAGAUUCUGAAGAGUUGAGUCCUUUUACCCCAGUCGCCGAUGAGAACAGUGUGGUCUUCAGCAAACUAACUUACUUGGGGUGUGCGUCGGUGAACGCUCCCAGGAGUGAAGUGGAGGCCCUGAGGAUGAUGUCAAUUUUACGAAGCCAGUGCCAGACGUCUCUAGACGUGACCCUGUCGGUGCCGAACGUGUCUGAAGGAACUGUGAGACUCUUGGAUCCUCAGACAAACACGGAAAUAGCAAACUAUCCCAUCUAUAAAAUCCUCUUCUGUGUCCGAGGGCACGAUGGUACCCCUGAGAGCGACUGCUUUGCUUUCACCGAAAGUCAUUAUAACGCAGAGCUCUUCAGGAUUCACGUCUUCCGGUGUGAAAUACAAGAAGCAGUGAGCCGCGUGCUCUACAGCUUUGCCACUGCCUUUCGCCGCUCUGCCAAACAGACGCCUCUGUCCGCCCUCGUCCCACCGCAGACCCCCGACAGUGACACCUUCGCCUUCUCGGUGUCUUUAGAGAUUAAAGAGGAUGACGGGAAAGGUUACUUUAGUGCAGUUCCCAAGGACAAGGAUAGGCAGUGCUUUAAACUCCGCCAGGGAAUUGACAAGAAAAUUGUGAUUUAUGUCCAGCAAACAACUAAUAAAGAACUUGCCAUCGAAAGGUGCUUUGGUCUUCUACUUAGCCCUGGAAAAGAUGUGCGCAAUAGUGACAUGCAUCUCCUAGAUUUGGAAUCUAUGGGCAAAAGUUCAGAUGGAAAAUCCUAUGUAAUAACUGGGAGUUGGAAUCCCAAAUCUCCACACUUCCAAGUUGUAAAUGAAGAAACUCCUAAAGAUAAGGUGCUGUUCAUGACCACAGCUGUUGACUUGGUGAUAACCGAGGUACAAGAACCUGUCCGAUUUCUCCUGGAGACCAAAGUCCGAGUUUGUUCUCCUAAUGAACGAUUAUUCUGGCCCUUUAGCAAGCGUAGUACUACUGAAAACUUCUUUCUGAAACUAAAACAGAUCAAGCAAAAGGACAGGAAGAAUAACACUGACACGCUGUAUGAAGUUGUGUGCUUGGAGAGUGAAUCCGAAAGAGAAAGGAGAAAAACAACAGCAAGUCCUUCAAUUCGCCUGCCCCAGUCUGGAUCUCAGAGUUCAAUGAUACCCUCCCCUCCAGAGGAUGAUGAAGAGGAAGAUAAUGAUGAACCUCUCUUGAGUGGAUCUGGUGAUGUUUCCAAAGAAUGUGCAGAAAAAAUUCUUGAAACAUGGGGAGAACUGCUGUCAAAAUGGCAUCUGAAUUUGAGCGUGAGACCAAAGCAGUUGUCGCCGUUAGUGAGGAGUGGAGUUCCCGAGGCCCUGCGAGGGGAAGUCUGGCAGCUACUAGCAGGAUGCCACAACAAUGACCACCUGGUCGAAAAGUACCGCGUCCUUAUCACAAAGGAGUCACCGCAGGACAGUGCCAUCACCAGGGAUAUCAAUCGUACAUUCCCAGCUCAUGACUAUUUUAAGGACACAGGAGGAGAUGGGCAAGAUUCCUUAUAUAAAAUAUGCAAGGCCUAUUCUGUUUAUGAUGAAGAGAUUGGCUACUGUCAGGGCCAGUCAUUUCUUGCUGCUGUCCUGCUUCUGCAUAUGCCUGAAGAACAGGCGUUUAGUGUUCUGGUCAAAAUCAUGUUUGACUAUGGACUCAGGGAACUUUUCAAGCAAAAUUUUGAAGAUUUGCACUGCAAAUUUUACCAGUUGGAACGCCUCAUGCAGGAAUAUAUUCCUGACCUGUACAACCACUUCCUGGACAUAAGCCUUGAAGCACAUAUGUAUGCCUCCCAGUGGUUUCUUACCCUCUUCACUGCAAAGUUCCCUCUCUACAUGGUCUUCCAUAUCAUUGAUCUGCUGUUAUGCGAGGGAAUAAGUGUCAUUUUUAAUGUUGCCCUUGGAUUAUUAAAGACUUCCAAGGAUGAUCUCCUGGUGACAGACUUCGAAGGAGCUUUGAAGUUCUUCCGAGUUCAGCUUCCUAAGAGAUAUCGCUCAGAGGAAAAUGCCAAAAAGCUAAUGGAAUUAGCUUGCAACAUGAAGAUUAGCCAGAAGAAGUUGAAAAAGUAUGAAAAGGAGUAUCACACGAUGAGAGAGCAGCAGGCUCAGCAAGAGGGCCCCGUAGAACGGUUUGAGCGGGAGAACAGACGCCUACAAGAAGCUAACAUGAGGCUGGAGCAGGAGAAUGAUGAUCUUGCCCAUGAGCUGGUGACCAGUAAGAUCGCCCUACGAAAGGAUCUUGAUAAUGCCGAAGAGAAGGCUGACGCCCUCAAUAAGGAAUUGCUGAUGACCAAGCAGAAGCUGAUUGAUGCGGAAGAAGAGAAGCGGCGGCUGGAAGAUGAGUCGGCCCAGUUGAAAGAGAUGUGCCGGCGGGAACUAGACAAGGCGGAGUCGGAGAUUAAGAAAAACAGCUCCAUCAUUGGGGACUAUAAGCAGAUUUGUUCCCAGUUGAGCGACCGAUUGGAGAAGCAGCAGACAGCUAAUAAAGCUGAAAUUGAGAAAAUACGGCAAAAGGUGGACGACUGUGAGCGCUGCCGGGAGUUCUUCAACAAAGAGGGGCGUGUGAAGGUCAUCAGCUUGGCCAAGGAGGGCUCAGACGAGGACCCAGAUGAGGAGAAGGAGGCAUUGCAAAACCAGCUGCGGGAAAUGGAGCUCGAGCUGGCGCAGACCAAACUGCAGCUGGUCGAAGCGGAAUGUAAAAUACAGGAUCUGGAACAUCAUUUGGGCCUCGCACUGAACGAAGUGCAAGCGGCGAAGAAGACGUGGUUCAACAGAACAAUCAGCUCUAUAAAGACAGUGACUGGCGUCCAGGGGAAAGAGACUUGUUGAGCAAGCGGACGCCUCCCUCCUCCACUCCUCCCAGGAGCUGUCCUCUUCCUCCUCCACCUUUCUUUCCUUCCUCCUCCUCCUCUUAACACACCACCUUUGGUUGCCUUCCUUGGCCAGAUUUUUGACUCUGAGCUCCAUCAGAGGACCAGAAUGCACAUAGAGCAGAAGCCCAGCCACCUGUCCAAAUGUCCAGAGGUCAUGGAUGAAGCGGAUGGAAACACCCAAGGGACAGGCGAGCACUCUAUACUACUGAUGUUUACCAAGUGACAUAGCGGGAUGGGCGUCCUCCAGAGAAACGCUCUGUCUUGGUGGCCACUCGCAGGCCUCCUCUCCAAGUCGUCGGUACGGGAACUUUCCAAACGUGAAGGAUGAGUUCACGUGUAAGGGUCUGAGGAUCUUUUGGUUGGUUGGUUUCUUUCGGGGAGGGGGGUGGUUUGGAUUUUCUUUUUAACCUUUAAGCUGUUUUUUAAUAUUUAAAAAAAGAAAAAAAAAAACGAGACAUCAUCACUAAUCAAGAGAGUGACUGAUGAAAUCUGCUUCAGUGCCAGGAAAGGGUACAGACUCCAGGGAGGACUUGGUUGGAGCCGGGGAGCUGCUUGGCUCUCUGGGGGGUGGUCCGUGGGCUCAGAGGGAGGCCCAGGGGCUUUGGGUGGGUGAGUGGGUGGCUGACGACUCACCGUCACGUCUUUCUGUUUGUCAUUUCUCCCGGCGUUCGUUUCUCCUCUCUGCGGGCUGCAGAGCGGCCUCUCCCGGGCUCGGGUCUCGUGGUUGGUCUCGGCUGGGAGAGCGGGACGAUCUGCACCCCAGGACGGUUUCACUUCCCUUGGGUCAGAUUUUGAUUGUCCCCUUCCCUUGCGCCCC